GAAUCACUAUCACUUUAUCAUAGCUGUGCAAACAUUGAAUUUGAAGUGUGAACUGGAUUUAUUAUUGAUUAUUAAACAUGAACAUUUUGCCUCACAAAAGUUGGCAUGUGCGGACUAAGAAGAAUAUAGAGAGAGUUAGAAAAGAUGAAGAAAAUGCAGCAUCAGAAGAAAAGGAGAAACAAAGGCGAAUUGCACUUGCUGAACAAGAAGCUCGAACAGCUUUACUCAGAGCUAAAAAUCAAAGCAAAUCCAAAGAUCUGAACUGCAAGAGCUUAGAUAUUCAUAAUUCAACCACAAGUUCUGAGGUUGCCAGUAAAAGUAGAUCUAGAGGUGAAAGUGGGAUUAUACCUAAAGAGCACAUCGAUUUUUUUAAGGAAAUUGAAGAUGGACUCAUAAAACAAGGCAGCAACAAAGAUAAUGAAGCUGAAAAGAAACACGAAAAAGAUCAGUUUGAGAAAAAAAUUGGGCUUCUUACAUAUUUAGGCCAAAGUGCACAAGAAAGUAAAGGAUCACCUUGGGAUCUCCAUCAUUCAGUUAAAAAGAGAAGAAAUGAAUGUAGUUCAGUCAAAGAAGAAUCAGAGGCAGAAUCACAGAAAGAUUGUCAAAAGCUCAUAAAUUAUAUGGAUCCAUUAGUUCAGAUGAACCAAUACAUUAAGAAAAAAAACCACAGUAAAGAAAAAACCACUAAAAAAGAAGCCCAAAGAAAACACAGUGAUAGCAAGAAAGAAACUUCAAAGAAUGCUUCAAAAAAAACUAUUGAGGAAAUGAGACAAGAAAGAUUAUUACGUGAAACACAUGAAAAAUUAAGAGCUCAGGCUAUUUUAUCACCAAAAAUCGAGAAACAGGAUGCAAAAUGUAGUGAAAAUAACAGCGAAGUUAAAAGAUCUAAUAAGAGAAAAUAUAAUUCACAGUAUAACCCAGACCUAUUUUAAACUAUAUUUUAUUUUUGUCUCAAUUUGUAUGGCUGUUAUUAAACUUCAAGGUUUAAAUAAAAA